AUGGAUAUGUUAAAAAUUCGAGUGGUUAUGGAGUAUGAGUUCCAUCAUGGUAGCAAAGCGGCAGAAGCGGCACGCAACAUCAACGAUGUUUACGGUGCGAUCACUACUAUCGAUCGUACCACCCAUUAUAGGCUGCCUCGCUUUCGUUCCGAAAAUUUUGACCUUAGAAAUGAACCAUGUGGUCACCCGAAAAUGUUGGUCAACAAUGACGAAUUAAAGGCGAUUGUGGAGGCUGAUGAUUCUCGAACUACAGCUGAAUUAGCAGUAGCUUUCGAAGUUAGCACUAAAACAAUAUUGGUCCAUUUGCGUCAAAUUGGCAAGGUAAAGAAGCUCGACAAAUGGGUGCCUCACGAAUUGAAUGAACGUCAGCGCGAAAUACGCAUCGAGACGUGCCUUGCACUGCUUAACAGACACACAAACGAAGGCAUAUUGAAUCGCAUUGUUACUUGUGACGAAAAAUGGAUUCUAUUCGACAAUCGCAAGUGCUCAGCUAGUUGGUUAGAUCCUGGUUCAGUACCUAAACAAUGCCCUAAACAAAAAGUGACCUUAAGAAAGUGA